AUGGGGGAAGACGACCGUAGGAGAACUGAUCGGUCUUUCUUCGACUCUUCCUGCGCGAGCUACCGCCAGAACCCAUGUCGCACCCAAGUUCGCCCUCAUAGGGACAUGAUCUCGAGAUUCGAGUCCUUCGUCCUAGGGCCCGGUGAGAAGAAGGUCGAAGUCGAGACUGAUACACGUGUCCCGUCUACCGCGAUCUUCACCUUCAACAAAGAGGAUCACACCCUGGGCAACUUGAUUAGAUCUCGUCUCUUCCAGAACCAGCACGUCUUGUUCUCUGCUUAUAAGAUCCCCCACCCCCUGGUCCACAAGGUGCUUCUUCGCGUUCAGACUGACGGCCAAAUCACCCCCAAAGAAGCAGUCCUCGCUGCCUGCCACGACUUGGUCAAGGAUCUCGGCAUCUUCAGCCGUGAAUUCACCAAGGAGUAUGAGUUGCGCAAGAUGGUCGGCGCCGGCACCCAACAGAACGAUGCCCCAAACGGUGUCUAA